AUAUGUAGAAUCGAAAACCCGAGUUAGUUUUGAGUGGCAUUUUGAAUAGAAAUAAAACAUUGAGAAUGUGGAUAUCUUAUGCCCGUAUUAUAAUAUAUUUUUUUAUAUUUUGAUAUGGGUCUCCACAGAACAGUGUUAGAAUAUUAAGAAAUCUGUAAACUUAGAAGAAAUAUAUUCAUUAAAUCUUAACCUAAUUCCAUUUUUGUAUGCGAUAAAUUUGUGUACGGUGCAGCAACACUGCGAGUUAAAAAUUGGAUUGAAUUACCUAUUUAAGAUGUUGUUCCGCUCAAAUAUCAAAUGUACGUUUUAUUCGAACGCGCCAGAAGAAAAUUUCCUACAAAAUUAUAUAAAUUGAAAAGAAAAAUAUUGAUAUUGAAACUGGUCCCAAAGAUAUUAGUAUCAUUUAAUUUCAUUGUAUGCGUAAAGUGCCAAAACCUUCGGAGAUCAGAGAUCACACCGUCAACGCAAAACAAUGACAAGUUACACUUGGGAAGAAUUAAUAUUGCUACCGUUUAGCGAAUGGUUCCAAUCGGGAAGCACAAAGAUUGAACGUUGAGAGGUUCCCCAAUUAAAGAAGUUUUAACUAAUAACUUUUUGCAAGACUACAGUCGUCUUCGGAUACAUGGAGUGAAAUGUCAUCUGAAAAUAAAUCCGAUGACAACAAAAAAAUUCUGAGCGAUAUACUGCAGUAUGAAACGAAAGACGAAAUUUGUUUGAUCUUUAAAAUAUCUUUUUGAGAAAACAUUUUAGAUAUAACCUUAACAAUUUAGCUAGUUAGCAUAAAAUAUUUUUACAAAAUAAAAAAAAAAAUCAACAAUGCAUCUUUUUCGAAAUGAAAAAAAUACAAAUUACAGAAGCAAACCAUUUAGCACAACAUUGACAUAUGCAUUUCUUGUGAUUACACUUUCGAAAAGUCUGACAGCAUGGGCACCAGAUUUACGUCCAAAAUUAACCCCUAAACAAGAUAUCAUAUUUAGAUAUUUUGGCAACCACACUGAUUUUUUUAAGAUUCUUGACUAUGACCAGACAACGCUUCUACUGGGAGCACGAAAUGCGGUCUUCAACAUCACUUUCGAUGGUCUACGUGAGAACUACAAGCUCGAAUGGGAAUCAUCGGCUGCCGAUCGCGAGCUUUGUGCCCUCAAAGGAAAACGCGAUGAAGAUUGCCAGAACUACAUUCGGGUUUUUGCGCGAAAAAACGAUGGACAAAUAAUGAUUUGCGGUACAAAUUCAUAUAAACCAAGAUGUCGCCAUUACACAGUAACCAACGAUCAGACGUUUGACUUAAUUAAAGAUGUAGAAGCUCAAGGUGUAUGCCCCUAUAGCCCUACGCAUAAUAGCACCUAUGUUUAUACGGGGAGCCAGCUAUAUUCUGCUACCGUUGCGGAUUUUUCUGGCAACGAUCCCUUAAUAUAUCGCGAAAGUUUACGUACUGAACAAUAUGAUUUGAAGCAAUUAAAUCAACCGGAUUUUGUGAAAGCCGUCGAAAGGAAUGGAUACGUGUUUUUCUUUUUUCGAGAAAUCUCAAUGGAAUAUAUGAACUGCGGAAAGGCAAUCUACUCAAGAGUUGGAAGAGUUUGCAAAAACGAUAGAGGUGGGCCUUAUACGUUAUCGAAAAGUUGGACCUCAUUUUUGAAAACAAGGCUAAAUUGUUCCGUUCCUGGAGAAUACCCUUUUUAUUUUAAUGAAAUACAGGCAACAAGUGGUAUCAUAGAGGCAUCAGAAGGCACCAAUGGCAUUGCUUUAAUAUAUGCAGUUUUUACAACUCCUACUAAUGCAAUACCUGGCUCAGCGAUAUGUGCCUUCUCUCUCGAUGAUAUACUGGCAGCUUUUGAAGGACGUUUUAAAUCGCAGAAAGAUAGUACGUCCAAUUGGUUACCCAUUCAGUUAGAGAAUGUUCCCGAGCCUCGACCGGGCUUGUGUGUUGAUGAUUCACGCACUCUAUCAAGUACUUCGGUGAAUUUUGUUAAAAAUCACCCCCUUAUGGAAACUGCUGUACCAACGCUCUACGGACGUCCACUUUUAACAAAAGUCACAAUGGAUCAUCGCCUUACAUCUAUUGUUAUCGAUGAAAAUGUGUCUGCUUUGGACAAGACAGUCUAUAAUGUAAUUUACGCGGGGACAGAUAAUGGAAGCAUUAUAAAGUUCAUCAACAUAUCCCCAACUUUAGACAAUCAUGGUCGCCUGCAAACAGUGAUCAUCUAUGAAACACAAGCCCUUCCCCUAGGAACACCAGUCCGGGAAUUAGUUAUCGCCAGAAAAACGCAAAUGCUUAUUGUAGUUUCUGAUGGCGAUGUUACAUCAAUUCGACUGCACCACUGUACCAGUGUACAACGUUGCGAAGACUGCAUUAAUUUGCAAGAUCCAAAUUGUGUUUGGGAUGUUCAUAAUCAUGAAUGUAAAGCAUUCACCAAUUCCCGCAAAUCAACUCCAAUAAUGAUGGAUGGUUUUAUUCAAAGUCUUAACACAACUGCGAAAAAUACAGCACGAAUAUGUCAGAAAUAUGGUGAUAUUGGAAAUCGUGUCGAUCAAAGACAGAGCCCAUUGGUGUCACAAUCCACUAGAGGAACGGUUUCGGGUGUUGGACAGAUAAUGCCCUCAUUUGGAAGAGAUUUUGACAGUAAUGAAUUUGGAAAAGAAAUAUCUGGUAUGAAAAGAGAUGAUGGUUUAACCAUUUCAACUCUUAAUAAUGAAAAUAAAAUUACUUUAACAUCGGUUGAUUCCAAGGAUUUAUUGAAUUCUUUACCAGACUCAUUCAAUAAUGAAGAUGGCAAGCUAAGUGAAGAAAAACGUUUGCAAUUAGCUGGAAAAAGUUUAUAUUGGGUUCUCAUUCUCAUAGUUCUGACAUCAGUUUUUGUGUUCGGAAUAGUCGUUGGAUUUGCAUCGCGGCGAAUAUGCAAAACAUCUGCAUUUCACACUGAACAUAGAAAUCAAUUAAAUCCAAAACCUCGGCAGUUUUUAAAACGAAACAGUGGAAAAGAUGUUAACCUUUUAGUAAAUUCAAAUGCAUUUUCAACAGUGCUUUGUAAUAAUAAAAAAGAUAAUAUCGGUCAGGAUUUUGUUGGAGACAAGGAUCGCAGUCAUGAAUGUAAAAAUUCAACUGAAAAUUUAGAAAAAGAAAUUCCCUGUAAGACUUCAACGUUGACAAAAGUUAAGCGAACAUAUAUCUAACUGAGAUAGAUUUAAAGUCAAUGUUCUUAUAUUGGCUCACCAACAAAAAAGAAAAGAACAAAUCCAAGGAAAAGUUGGUUAGUUGAAAUCAUUAAUUCAUCGUUGAAAUUACUUCAGCUAUUUUCCAUUUCAUUGGGUGGGCAGUAACUCAUUUUGAAUUCUUAUUUGCACUUAAAUAAAUUAUUUAGUUUAAGUCUCUGCUAUUAGGUCGAGAUAGCUGAAUUAUAUAUUAUUUUUUGCAGAGACAAAAAUAGCAAGAUAAAUUACCUUAUUCAUACUUUUUCUGCAUAAUCUCUCCACAUAAAAUUUUGUUCAGAAUGCAUUAUCAACAUUUUAUUUUGCAUAUUGGUUUUAACUCCAUACUUUUAGUAUUAUUUACUAAAAUACAAAUAUAAUAUAAAGCAGGAAUAUGAAAAGUGAAUGGGAUAAGGUGCACAGCGAGUAGCUUGGGUUAAGACAAGAAAAUAAUUGCAGUGGAGGCGGUCUUUUUGUCCUCGUUUAGACAAGGCAAUUUUCUAAAAAAAUUACCUAAAACAGAAACGAAAAUUUAGAAAAACGGUAACACCUACAGAUUCCUGCAAUAUCAUUUUGAAAACCCAUUAACCCGUUUUAUAAUUAAUUUUAAAUAUUUUUGUUUAAGUGUAAAGUUUUUAAAAAAUUGAACAUUUCCCCUCUUGCCUAGAAGUGUGCAAAUAGACCCACCUGCCAUACGAUAUUUUUUCUUGUCUACUCGAUCUAGACUCUUAGUGCAAUUAUACCAAUCACCGUGCAUAAUAACAUUCGUCGACAGAGUGAGGUUUUUUUUUGUUACUGGUGCACGAACAAAACACAAUUUUUUUGUAGGAUUAAGAUGUUCUGAAUUCGAAUCUCCCCUUUAAAUUUUUUCACAUCAGGUUUUUAAAAUAUGCUGAAGACUAUCAAAAACGGGUUUAAGAAUUCGUUUUAGAAGUAAUCCCAACUCCGAUUUUAGCUACAGAUAUGGACAUUAAAAAAGAAACACCAAACAGUUUUAAAAAUUCAAUUUUUUAUUGACUUAAAAAGAUUUGGUCCUCAUUUUCUUAUUUUUUUUCUUUCAAACUAAAAGUAACCAUUAUCCAUAGUAAAACUAUAACUUAAAAUAUUUUAAAUUAAAAAAUCUAAAAAGGAAACAAUUUUCGUGGAAAAAUAGUUGCAAAGCUUUAUAAAAAAUUAAAUCAAAGCUAUUCUGGAUUUAAUAAUUAUUAUAUUAUCUGGUAGCCUGGCCCUUAGCUUUAAUUACAAUGUCAAUUGAUAUAUUUUACCACUCCCCCAAAAUGUUCUAUAGGAUUUAAGUCAGGCGACUGGGAUGGCCACUCCAAUACUCUGAUUUGUUGGUCUUUAAAAUACUUUUAAGCAGAUUUAGAUGGUGCUUAGGGUCGUGUUGUCCUGCUGUAGAAAAGAUUUGAUAGGCAUGGUCUCGUCUGCAUAUGGAAGCAUUGUAUCCUUCAUGAUAUUUACCUUGAUAGUUUAAUACAUUUUACCCUCAAUCAAAUGUAUUGGUCCAACGCCAUGUCAAGAAAAUUAACUUAAAGUAUGAUACUGCCACCACAUUCUUUACCGUUUUCUGAAUGUAUUUGAGAUUUAGAAAGCCUUCUAUAGAUUUGUCUGUCACUUCCGAACAAAUUUAUCUUUGUUUCAUCCAUCCACAAAGCAUUCCCCUACUUUUUGCCUCCUUUUUGACCCACUCCAAUCAAGAUGGUCGUAAGCCAAUUUAAACCGCGUUGUUGUAUUUUUUCUUUUCUUUAUAAAGGGCACCAUUCUUGCGAUCCUUCUGAGCAAGUUAGCUUCAACAAGUCUUCUACGAACUGUUCUGGAAGUAAUUGGAAUGAUCUUUCAGUCUUCUCUUGGGGUUGUUUUGCUUAGUUUUCCCAGCUGUUUUUGGCUCUCAUCGGUCAAAUUGCUUUUGCAAUCAACUUGAGAGAUUUGAUUAUUAUUCUGGCUAUUUCCCUUAAAGAUUUUGCCUCAACGUUUACAUGGACCCAUGUUUUCCUUAGAAUUAAUUGUAAUAUUAUUAAAAUAAUUUAAAUUUACUUCCUAAAGUGAAUUUAUUGAUUUAUAAAAGUAAAAUAAAAUAUAAAAAAACUAAUAUUUUUGAUACCAUUUAAAUAUUAAAGUUUGUGUUCCAAUGUGUUUCUAUUAUAAUGCCCACCAUCUCAAAACAAUCAACAAGCAAGAAAAAUAACAUGUUAUUUUGUAUAAGAGAGUCUUACUUUUUUGAUAACGGUUAAAACUACUUAUAGUGCAUGUUGUUGUUUUAAUUUGGUUUUACUCUUAGCAACUGUCUGUGCCUAUUUUAAUGUUCAUUUUCAACAUUAUUUUUAUAUUUAUAGUACUAUUCAAUUUUUAUCCAGUAUUUGAGGAAACAUAAACCCAAAAAAAAUAUCUUUGACAAAAAAAUGAAUUUCACCUUUCAUGGCCUUGUACCAAUAAGGAUUUAUUGAUCUCAGCGUUACCUGUGGUAUUACUGGAGCGCUGUUUGAUUAAAUCUUCAAUCUUGUUAAUAUUUAAUGUAAACUGGAUUUUCUUAUUACAGUAUAGCAAAAUAUAAGUGGGAAAAAAUAAUAAUAAUUAAAUUAAAACAUCCUUGAAGGUUGUUGUCUGAUUCAACCGAAUCUUGAGCGCUGUUGCAUGCUAUCAAAAAUCGUUUAUUAUAAGUGAAUAAAUUGUUUUAUCUUAUAUUAUUAUAUUCUCUAAGUUCUCUUUAAAGACAAGUAUUGCCUGAAAAAAAUGUUUCACAAAAUAAAUACCUCCUAAAUAUACGUACGAUGGAAUUUUAAUAAAUAAAUUCGUGCAAAAGAUCAUUUACCUUAUUUUAAAUGAUUUUAUCUUCUUAUUGUCUCUCAACAAUUCACUAAAGUUAACAUCAAAGAAUGGCUAUUUUAUUUUUUUUUUAAUUUCUUUAAUCCAUAUGACAUCUGUAAAGUUAGUCUUAUAAGAGCAUUGGAUGCAACGCUCCUGUCUAUAGUUGGGAAUUCCAAUUAAUUAUUAUUUGAAAGAACUAUCACUAAUUAGACAUGUUCGGAUGGCUGUUUUUAAUAAAAAGGGAAUUAACAAUUGACUAGUUAGUGAAAAGAAAAAAGGUUAAAAUGUUGGAGUCACUUAGUAAAUUGGUUACAAUAGGUACUGUUAAUAUUGCUGGAAGAUAAGCGCACACUCAAGCGGAUUAUAUUAUCCUUAUUAUGUAGACACAGUGUGAGGACUAGGAAAGGGAGAGAGGUGUCGGUGCACAUUGGUUUUGAAUUAGUGAGCUAUUGGAAGCAUUGUUUUAGGAAAUGGAGAGUUUUUUUUCUCGGAGGAAAAGUUUCCAUUUGUAUCUUCCAAAUCGCGCAGUAGGUUUAAAGCUCGCAAGACCUUGUUAAGAGUAUUGUUAUUGAAUAAAUACAAAGGUUGCAGUGGUUAAAGAUUGUACAAGAAAACGUGUAGUUCUGGCUCUAGUUUGGUUACAGUGUCAGGUUGUGGCUCGGAUACAUGUUCAUGUUGUGGUUGAGGUGGCUCAGGUACAAGAUCGGGCUCUAGUUGUCUAGUCUAAUUAAUAGCUUCCAGGGUUCGAGUGGGAAAGUGUGUAUGUAAUUCAAUAUUCAUAAUAUUCUGCUUUUUCAGUUCAGACUAAUCUCUAGCUUACAUCCUGGUUUCUUUUUCCCACCAUCGAAGUCUUAUGUGUUCUUCUUUUGUGAAGAAGAAAUGGUAGGGGGUUUUGAAAAUUAGGUUAAUUGUUUUAAUUUUGACGGUUAUGUAGGAUUAUUUUACCCUGCGAACCCCGAACUAUGAUGCCGUCCACGAUGCUUACGUCUCUACUAGCUAAUUGAUAAAGUUUUAGAGUAAUAGUUGUUCCUACAUAAGGCACGUCAAUGUCGACGAUUGGACCGAUUGUCCAAUGAGGGAAAGCGCAUUAGGUCCCUUGGCUCUUAUGUACAAUGUUAUCGGAACACUGCUCGUGCGUCAAAUUUGAAGAAAUUUGAAAUUUUUAUCGUUUUCAAGAGUUGUAACAGUUUGAUUAUGUAUUUCUUAAAUUAUGAAAUGCUUCAGAAUUACAUUGAAAAGUGCCUAAAUUACAAUUCAAAAUUCUAACAGUGACAAGUAACUAGUACUCAAGUAAAUAAAUGUGAUGUAAAAACAAAAUUUUAAGGUGGAAUAUAAAUAUAUAUUCAUGCAAGGGUUAUGGUUCAUAAAAUUGGUUCAUAUUUAAAACAUGUAUCAAUUUCUUUCAAAUAGAUUACUCACCUCAUUUUAAACCCCAUCAAUGCAUAUAAUUCAAAUACCUGCAAAUACAAUUAAUUUCAUACCAAAUCUCGUUUUUUUCCGAUUAAUUAAUAUUAUUAAGAACAAGAUUAAAUAAAUAGGUACCAAAUAAAAGCUUAUCAGUACUACAUAAUUUCAUUCUCAAAACUGCCGCAGAUCAGAUAUAUGGCCCAUUGAACCGUUUGAUGUUUGUACAAUGUUCAAUUUUAUUUUAAAGUAAAUACUGAAUAGAUCUGCAUGAUUUAAAUAUCAAAUGGAAGGAAUUUUUGUCACAAAUCUGCAAAAUUAAAUAACUUGUAUAAGUAUUUUCCCGAUAUAGCAAAAUAGUUAUUUCAUUUUGAAUGCUUUUUGAUUUGUAUCAUUUUAUCAAAUGUAUGUGUUACCGUUAUUUUCUAAUUUUUUCUGUUUUAGGUUACUUUUUUAAAAGGUUUUUCUUUCGCUUGAAUGGAAAAAAAUAGGCCUUCUCGACCCAGUUUACUCGCACCACUUGAACUUUGUAUACCAAAGACGCAAAGUAAAUUUUCUAUUUCGAUUUGUUUUGAUUCUUUAUAUCUUAAAUGUUUUAGAAUUCUUCUGAUAUCAGCCUUUGAAGAAAGUGGCUUCCUUCUUCAAAAAGAAUUUUUUGUUUUUUACUUAAUAAUAUGUGUUGCAUUCUCAUUGCACAAGAAUACAAAGUGCAAAAAAAAACAGUUAUCAAAAAUGGAGACAUUUUUUAUGCUUGGUGAAGAGAAUUAAUUUUCGAAAACAUCUUUUUUCUUAAAUUUGUAAAAAACUCUUUCAUUUUUUAAUAAUCUUCUUCGUGUUUUUCUGACAUCUUUUUCGUCUUUUUCUGACACAGGAUUAACGCUAACGGGCUGACGAAAAAGACGAAAUCGGAGGUUAUAAUCAGGACUAAUAAUUUGUUUUUAAUAUCAAAUAUCAACAAACUAAAUUUUAACAAAUCAUAGUUAAAUAUGUAUAAAUAAAAACAAACUUCCCGUUAACAAAAAAAUAACGACUCACUAUAGGAUUAAAAUGUUGACUCGCUUGGCACGUGUAUAGACAACAAACAAAACCCAAACUCUGGUACAGCUAUGGCGGCCGUCAAAUUGUGCGAUCCGCAACUAACUUGAUUACCAACAUUAAAAUUCAUAGUGGGAUUUGACGUUGAGUCGGCGAUAUUUCGCACGAAUUUCAAAUUUAAAUAACACAACUUACUGACGAACGAAACACAAACAUUUCUUAUUUUUGUCACUGCAUUAUAAGAGUUGUGGUAUAUAUUUAUUUAUAUACAUCACAGAUUGUAUCAAAUUGAUAAGUUUUCUCAAUUCAAUAAUAAUGUUUAAUAGACAGUCAAUUAAUUGUUGGUUUUCGAGGUUUUGACAUGCCAAAGGACUGACUUUUUAAGAAUUGAUUGUUUUUUUUUUAAUAACUUGUAUUCAAAAUGAAGAACUGAAAUUGGGUGACUAAAUAAAGGUCUUUCCAUUGUUUUAAAAUAAAUUGUAAUCUCAAUAAAAUAUACUAAGACUUUAUUGGUUGAUGACAUCGAGGUACCCAACUUUUUCUAUUCUGGUUUCAAAUAUAAGAGUGUGAACAAUAGUUUAUCUACAAAUAAAAAAAAAACAUUUAACAUGAAAAUUUCGUACUCUGUUAAUUUGUUUUGUAUUACAUUUUGUUUACCAAAGGAUUGGUAAAUAUAUCAAUUUUCCUUGAAGCUUCGUCAUGUUAGUUAUAUAAUAUUUCCGAACAAUUUGUCGGAGUAAUAACUAUCAAAAAGUCUUUUAUACCUAUAUUUUCGUGUCAAUAUCUGUUUCUAGUUUAUUCCUUAGUCGAUUAUAUCAAAACAGUAUUUUAAGCUGGUUAGUUCCUUAAUCAAUAAACCUAAACUCGAUUGCAACUAAUUAUGUGUUAAGUAUAUACCAGUCCAUCAUGACUUUAGUCAACCACCUGGAACUAUUAUAUAAGUUAAAAGUUUAUUUUCUAUACAGUUAAUAUUUUGUUUAUCAGUGUCUUAUACUGCAUGCAGAUAUCUGAAGUCUUCGAAAAGAAACACACUGAUGCAUUAGCUGCCUUCUUUCACUUCCUGUUUCAAAAAGUAAAAAUUAAGAACUUGAGCCAAAAUAAAAUUUGUUUUCUCUUAAUUUAAUUAAAAGUAGGUAAGCUAUUAAGUAGUCUGUUUUAGGAUAUACAAAAUUAUUUUAUUUUGCACGGGUUACUUUUUUGAUUUCUGAGAAAUUCUCGCUGCGAUUAGGUACAGUUUUAAUACUAUUUAUCCUUAUAAUUUGACUGCUUGACUUUUGAUUUAAAAUUUAAACUACAGACAAUUGAAUUCAAAUGUAUGAUACUUCACCCAUUCCAUUGAAUAAUAUCUUAUAGCACCCUAUAAAAUGUAAGAUGUAUGAAAAACAUACUUAUAUAUGUUACAGUUUAGUUAAUUAUUAAAUCAGCUCACCUCACUUAACUUUUGAGCUAGCUCUUUAAUUGAGAGCUAUGACAUAACAUUAAAAGAGAGCUAGCUACAAAGAGAGAUGGUCUGUGAGCUGACGCCGCUCUUUCUGAGCAUAUUUGCAACCCUGAAAACUACUCUUCUAUUUGUAUAAUAUCCCCAAAGCCAUCAUAGGUAGAAUCCUUUAAGGCUACCGCUUUUAUAAGUGCCUCCGAACCUUAUUUCAACUACAUAAUACAUUAAUACAAAUUUGUAUGACACAUGCAUUCUUUCUAUCGAAUUUAUAUUUAAGUAAAAAGAACUUAUUGUUUCUAUGCAAAAUAUGUAACUCAACAUUAAGGCUAACAAAUUGUGUACUGUACAAAUUUACAUUAUAAGAAAACAUGUUAAAAAUAAAAUAAAAAUAAACAUCAAUAAAUUUAUAGAAUAAGCUAAAUUGAUUAUUAUAGCCAAUUUUCUGAAGCCUUUUUAAGUACUUAAUAGGCGUUUGAAUCUUUAAACAUUCUAUUAUGUUUAUUAUGCCUUUAAAUUAUGUAUAUUGAACGAUUUACAAAAACAUAUACAUAUUUUAUAAUAAGAUGCAAACAAAUAUUUUUACAAUUUUGAGAUUUUAAAAAAAAAAUAAAAAAAAUAAGUAUGAAGAUGUUUCAUUCUUUGAAAUUUCCUCGAAAUAAAUGAUUUUUAAGGAACUUAAGAAAGAGUAUUAUAAAAAUGUUGACAAAUGAUGUUAUUAAGAAUAAUUAUUUAAAUAGUUAUUAAAGAGUAAAUGGUAUUAUAUUUUUUUACUCAAUAUUAUAAGCAAUAUUUUAGUUUCUGAACAUUAUUGUUCGUAUUUUAUUUAAAACUUAAAUUUUGCUCUCAAUCUACAAAAUUCAAAAUGUGAUAACAAAUAUAUUACAAAAUAAACAAAUUAAUAUUUCUAUUCGAUGUAAAAAAAGUAACCAUGGUAGGAAUUAUUUUAUUAAAUAAAUCAAAAAAAAAAUAGAAACAA